CGCAGCGCUUCGUCAAGACGCGCAGAGAAAUCCCCCUACAAGAUACAGCACGCAACUGCCAACUUUCGUAGAUUUAAAUGUCUCUUUCAUCAACUUUUGGAUAUUUGUUCUUGUGUGGCGCUCCACAUAUUUUGGCUUCGUCUCAGCUUAAGAUCAGAGAGUCGUUUGUAGCAGGGAGGGACGCGCAUCUGUAAGGAUGAAAGCGCCGACAGAAGGAACGCUGCAAAACUGAUCGAUGACUGAAUAUUAGAUUAGUUGGUGAUUAAUUCAUAGCUCUCACACUGAUGACAACUGCAGAAAUGGAUCGACCUCUAUCAAAAUCCGAGCGCAGAAACAUGGACACAUGUUUAAGGAGAUUAAGACAGGAACUGCUCUCUAUGAAGGAGGCCGGUGAUGGACUCCACACUCAGAUGAACUGUUUGAUGGGAGCACUACAAGAACUGAAACUCCUACAGGUUCAAACUGCACUUGAGCAACUAGAGAUCUCAGGAAAGCCUGGCACUAUGGCUCAACCAGCUGUAGAACUACCUAGCCCCAGCCCCAACUCAGACAACCAGAGAAUCAAGCCAAUCAGGACCUCAGUUAAAGAAGAGCAGCUCCCAUCCCAGCAUGCCCAUCGCAGCAACUUGGAGACAUCGCCUUCAUCCUCCAGCCUGGAUAGCGAGAGCAUUACUCUGGCCAGACAAAUCUCAGGAUACACAGCCCUAAAAGUGGAGUACUGCAGCCCAAAGUUGGGCAACCUUUGUGUACAACACCACAAAAACCAGCAGUAUUUGUCUGAACCAGCGCAGCUGGUACCUCCAGCCCAGGUGGUGGACCUUCCUGGAAUCCUAUACAGCCUAUCCCGUGAGGGACCGUCCCUUGACAGUGACUACACAGAGGACAGUAUGGAUGACUCCAGUGACUGGACAUCCUCACUUAUGAGUCAGAGGCGCAAUCGCCAGCCUCUUGUUCUGGGAGACAAUGUCUUUGCUGACCUAGUAGGCAACUGGCUGGACCUUCCCGAUUUAGAAAAAGACUGUCAGGGCCUCAACAGACCAGACUCUCCAGCCCACCCACUCAGACUCAGUCGCUCCCAGGAGCUCUGUAAAAGGUUCUCACUGACCACCAACAUCUUCAAAAAGUUUCUACGUAGCGUACGACCCGAUCGGGAUAAACUGCUGAAGGAGAAGCCUGGAUGGAUGCCACCAGACCACAAUCCUGAGGCUGAACUCUUAAAGAGACCCAAGAAGGCUGACAGCAAAUCCAAGGACAGCUUUUACUUACCAUUCUGGGCAGGAGGACAGCUGGGAAAGGGACGGUCAUGUCCUCAGCCAACAGAGGAGAUGGGUCACUUUCUAGGUCUAAACAUCGACAGCAGUCAAAAAGAUCAUGUAGACAAAGUCAAUACCUUAUUUGACUCUAAUGCAGCUGUUUGGGUUUAGAGGGGUGCAAAUGAAAACGUUUAGUCUUGAACCAGAAAUUGCAUAAGACAUAGCAGUUUUAUUUUAGUUCUCCUAAACUCUUAACAUGACAAUCAUUUGGAACCCUCAGGGUAUGUAAGCAGGUCUUCCUUUUAAAUAAGUAUCUUUAAAGCUGCACUUAAAAUAUUCUAGUAAAAGUUGGAAAAGCAAAGAUGUAUUCCACAGCUAUGCAUUUACAUAUUUCAUCCUCAUAAUGCCAGAUGUUUCUAUAACAAAAAAAUGAUUCCGCUGUAUUGUCACCACUGAUGUUGUCCAGUUUCCCAGCUCUUCAAGUCAAUGUCCAUGUUUAAUGGUUUCUUUGUGAUGUGGUGUGUUUAGUUUCCAAUUAUGAAUCUUACCUUGUAUUUGAGCACAGUGACUUCAGUUACCAGACUGUUGUAUUUUCAGGGAGUUUAGAUUACAUUUAAAAUUAGUCUACAGUUGGCUCAUAGCUCAUAGCUCAUAAAUAUCAAGACAAAUUUGUGUCAACAAAUGUUAGUGUAGCUCCUGCUUAUAUUUUCUCGGAGGUUACAUUAUGCAUGGAACACUGAAAGAGACCUACUAUAUUGUCUAUAAUGCUUUCUGUAAAAAUUAACUUGCUAUCAAGCCAUUUUAAAUCAAACCUAAGCUCCACUAUCAACUUUACAUAGAUAUACAUUGUCCCCAAAAGUAUUUGGACACUUAAGUCACACUCAAUGCAUUAGAUAACAAAAGAUCAAACUAAGUGUCAUCCACAAAUCCAAACUAUUUUUAGCAUUUACUUUUUACUAAGUCGUGUCAAGGUGAUUUUUUUUUUUAUCAGAUUCAUACAAUCAGUUUUAGUUACAGGUAGUUGUGCUAUGAAUCAUAACGGAAUCUCAGCUUCAACUGGCUGCUCUUGGUUCUAAGGACAGGGCUUUCUGUACAGCUCUCUGGAUUCAACUGUAUCAAAGUUAACUGUGAUAGUAGUAAACUUAUGAGGCUUUCAAUUAUAUGAGCAGCAGUACAUCAGAAUGUGCCAGACACUGAAGAAGAGCACUUGGGAAUUGUAUUUAUUGUUGGUCUAAAAUUCUCCAUUAUGAAACAAUUUGCAAGAAUCUAUGUAAAGUUCUCUUUAUUUUUUCCAUUAUUUAUUUUAAUUAGUGAACAAUUAACAGCAUUUUACUGUCAGCAUUUUUCUUUGUAAUAGAUUUAUUAGAUCUGCCAGAAUGGAAAUGUUUUCUUUAGAACUAAACUUUGAUUUAAUAAGUAUAUGGUUUCCAUUUUCUAGCCCAAACAGCAAAACUCAGAACUCACCACAAUACCAUGAUCAUUCUAUAAGAAACGGCAAAUGCACAAAAGUCAUACAAACCUUUACAAAGAGUGUUUUUUGUAUGCAGCCAAAUUUUUUAUUGAGAUGCAAUGAAAUUUUCCAGAUCAGAUUGUAAAGAAAAGCCUAUUUGAGAGUUCACUAUUAAAUAUUUUGUAAAAAAAGAAAAAAACGUACAGUACAGAAAAAAAUAUUUUAUGUUGUUUGUUUUAGUAUUGUAUUGUAUAGAAGAUUGAUUCUGCCAGGUAAUAAAAAAAUGAAAGAGGUAUUUCUGACUUUUAUUUCACAAUUGUGAUUUUAGUUCUCACAAUUUAGAUUUUAUAACUCACAAUUUUGUGAUAGAAACUCGCAAUUGCGUGACAUAAACUAGCAAUUGUUAGCUAUAAAGUCGAAAUUGCAAGAAAUAAAGUCACAAUUGUUAAAAAAAAAAAGUCAGAAAUACCUCUUUUAUUUUAUUACAUGGCAGAAUUCAUCUUCCAUAGCUGUAGGCCUACUGCUGUUUAGAACAAGAGAUGGUAUUCUAUCUCUCGCACAGCCUCGUUGUCAUUCGUAUUAAAAAUCAAAGAUGGUGCUAGUGUGAAUAAGGUCUAGCUGUAACUGUGUAAGGGGUAGCUGUGUAACCUAGAGUAAAUGAAAAUGAAAUGUUCUAUGAAAGUGUUUUUGUUGUGCAUUUUAUUGAAAUGUUGUCUUCCUAUGCGCUUUCUUACAUAAAUAGAUCGAUCUCUAAAGACCAUGGUAAACAAGAAAUUAAUUUAUUAAACUGCACUGACAUGAAACGUUUUAGGUGCCAUUGUUGCUCAAGUGGGCAAUCAAGCCAUAAUCUCAUAUAAUAAAGUUUAUUCAUUGUGGCAGUAAAAAACCAUCACAACUGCCAUUAACAUUAUUGGUUUCUUCAUAAAAUAUAACAUAAUUCACAAUUUUCUUUCCCUGAUAAUGUGUUCCAUGAUGAUAGUGGGUCUUCUCCACUAGUUUGU